UGCUACGCCCAGCCCAAGCAUAUCCUCUAAAUAUAUUCUAGUCUUUUACUAAUAAAUCCUCCCCCAAAUCACAUUAAUGUUGUCAAUCUUCAUUCUUAAUUUGCUCAUAUUUCAAUUUAAUAUCUUGAAUUGGGGGCAUAAUUAAUCAUGAAGUUCGGGAAGAGGUUGAAACAGCAGAUAGAGCAGAGUUUGCCUGGAUGGCGGGACAAUUUCUUGUCGUACAAGGAGUUGAAGAAGCUGGUGAGGAGGUUAAUAUCAUCAUCAUCGUCGUCGUCGUUGGAGUACUGUGGGGGGAAUUUCAAGGCGGAGUUUGUGUAUUUGUUGAAUAAUGAGAUGGAGAAAUUCAAUGCCUUCUUCAUGGAGCAAGAAGAGGAUUUUGUUAUUCGCCAUAAGGAAUUGAGACAGAGAAUAGAGAGAGUGAUGAACACUUUGGGACCAAACGGGACUCGGCCAUCACCUCUGGAGUACAGAGAGGAGAUGGCAAAGAUUAGAAAAGAGAUUGUCAAUUUCCAUGGUGAAAUGGUUCUUUUAGUGAAUUACAGCAAUAUCAACUACACAGGGUUGGCCAAGAUACUGAAGAAGUUCGACAAGAGAACCGGCGGAGUUUUGCGCCUGCCCUUCAUCCAAAAGGUCCUCCAACAGCCUUUCUACACCACCGACGUUAUCUCAAAGCUCGUCAAGGAAUGCGAAACCACCAUAGAUACGGUGUUUCCGCCGUCCGCCACAAAAUCAACGGCAGGAUUGGCGGUCCCCGGAGAAGGAAUUUUCAGGAACACGGUCGCGGCGCUCCUCACAAUGCACGACAUCCGACGCGGCAGCUCCACUUACAGCCAUUUUUCUCUGCCGCCCCUCAACUUUCCGGAUUUUGAUGUAAUUCAGUCCUUGCAACUACUUUCUCCUAUACAAAUUCCAUGAUGCCAUAAUGAAAUUACAAAAAAUUAAUGGGCAAAAAACUCCUUAAACGAAAAAAAGAAAAGAAAACAGGGGCAACUUGAGUUUUUGUAACAUAUGCUCACCCGCCUCCUUUUUCAAUGUAAUUAAGUCUAUUAUACUCAAA